UUCGCGCCGGUUGCCGCUGCGGAGCGCGGCGGGUCCAUGUGCGCAGCGAGCGGCGCCAGCCCCACCCCCGACCGCCCGGCCAUGGACCCCAGCACCAUCAUCGAGGCCCUGCGGGGCACCAUGGACCCGGCCCUGCGCGAGGCCGCCGAGCGACAGCUCAAUGAGGCUCACAAGUCUGUGAACUUUGUUUCAACUCUGCUUCAGAUCACCAUGUCGGAGCAACUGGAUUUACCAGUGAGACAGGCAGGAGUUAUUUACUUGAAAAAUAUGAUAACCCAGUAUUGGCCCGAUCGAGAAACGACCCCAGGGGAAAUGCCACCCUACACAAUUCCAGAGGAGGAUCGACACUGCAUUCGGGAAAAUAUUGUAGAAGCCAUUAUCCACUCCCCCGAACUCAUUAGGGUACAGCUUACUACGUGUAUUCAUCAUAUAAUAAAACAUGAUUACCCCAGCCGCUGGACUGCAGUUGUGGACAAAAUUGGUUUUUAUCUUCAGUCUGAUAACAGUGCUUGCUGGCUCGGAAUCCUCCUUUGCCUUUAUCAGCUUGUAAAAAACUAUGAGUACAAGAAACCAGAAGAACGGAGUCCACUGGUAGCAGCAAUGCAGCACUUCCUGCCACUACUGAAGGAUCGUUUCAUUCAGCUUCUCUCUGAUCAAUCUGAUCAAUCUGUCCUCAUUCAGAAACAAAUCUUCAAAAUCUUCUAUGCUCUUGUUCAGUAUACGCUACCCCUGGAGCUAAUAAACCAGCAGAACCUGACAGAAUGGAUAGAAAUUUUAAAGACAGUUGUGAACAGGGAUGUGCCAGCUGAAACUCUUCAGGUUGAAGAAGAUGAUAGGCCUGAGUUACCAUGGUGGAAAUGCAAGAAGUGGGCUCUGCAUAUCUUGGCCAGGCUUUUUGAGAGAUAUGGAAGCCCUGGCAAUGUUUCGAAGGAAUAUAAUGAAUUUGCAGAAGUGUUCCUAAAGGCAUUUGCUGUUGGUGUCCAGCAGGUACUACUGAAGGUGCUAUACCAGUAUAAGGAAAAGCAGUAUAUGGCGCCCCGAGUUCUUCAGCAAACGCUAAACUAUAUCAAUCAAGGAGUGUCUCAUGCGGUCACCUGGAAGAAUCUGAAGCCUCAUAUCCAAGGCAUUAUCCAAGAUGUUAUUUUUCCAUUGAUGUGCUAUACGGAUGCUGAUGAGGAGCUGUGGCAGGAAGAUCCAUAUGAGUAUAUACGCAUGAAAUUUGAUGUUUUUGAAGACUUCAUAUCACCGACCACCGCUGCCCAGACACUCUUGUUUACAGCCUGCAGUAAAAGGAAAGAGGUUUUACAAAAAACAAUGGGCUUCUGCUAUCAGAUCCUUACUGAACCCAACGCUGAUCCUCGGAAAAAGGAUGGUGCUUUACAUAUGAUUGGUUCUUUAGCUGAAAUCCUACUGAAGAAAAAGAUCUACAAAGACCAGAUGGAAUACAUGUUGCAAAAUCAUGUAUUCCCCCUCUUCAGCAGUGAGCUAGGCUACAUGAGAGCAAGGGCUUGUUGGGUCCUUCAUUAUUUCUGCGAAGUGAAAUUCAAGAGUGAUCAGAAUCUACAGACAGCCCUAGAACUGACGCGGCGAUGUCUGAUUGAUGACAGGGAGAUGCCUGUGAAAGUGGAAGCUGCCAUUGCCCUUCAGGUUCUGAUUAGCAAUCAAGAGAAAGCUAAGGAAUACAUAACCCCAUUCAUUAGGCCUGUAAUGCAGGCUCUUCUUCAUAUUAUAAGAGAAACAGAAAAUGAUGACCUGACAAAUGUGAUUCAGAAAAUGAUCUGCGAAUAUAGUGAAGAAGUUACUCCUAUUGCUGUAGAAAUGACGCAGCACUUGGCAAUGACAUUUAACCAAGUGAUCCAGACUGGGCCAGAUGAAGAAGGCAGUGAUGAUAAAGCAGUGACAGCCAUGGGAAUCUUGAAUACAAUCGAUACACUUCUUAGUGUAGUGGAAGAUCACAAAGAGAUCACCCAGCAACUGGAAGGAAUCUGCUUGCAGGUCAUUGGUACCGUGUUACAGCAGCAUGUUUUAGAAUUCUACGAGGAGAUCUUUUCUUUGGCUCACAGUUUGACCUGUCAGCAGGUCUCUCCACAGAUGUGGCAGCUUUUGCCUCUUGUGUUUGAAGUCUUUCAGCAGGAUGGCUUUGAUUAUUUUACAGACAUGAUGCCUCUUCUUCAUAACUAUGUAACGGUUGACACAGACACACUUCUGUCUGAUACUAAAUACCUUGAAAUGAUAUACAGUAUGUGUAAAAAGGUUCUUACAGGGGUUGCAGGAGAAGAUGCAGAAUGUCACGCGGCAAAGUUGUUAGAAGUCAUCAUUCUACAGUGCAAAGGGCGUGGUAUCGAUCAGUGUAUACCGCUGUUUGUGGAAGCUGCUUUAGAGAGGCUGACCAGAGAGGUUAAAACCAGCGAGCUUCGAACAAUGUGCCUGCAAGUUGCUAUCGCAGCUUUGUACUACAACCCUCACCUGUUACUCAAUACCUUGGAAAACCUGCGUUUUCCCAACAACGUGGAACCUGUCACAAAUCACUUUAUUACCCAAUGGCUUAACGAUGUGGAUUGUUUCUUGGGGCUUCAUGACCGAAAGAUGUGUGUCCUGGGCCUGUGUGCUCUUAUUGAUCUGGAACAGAUACCACAAGUUUUAAAUCAGGUUUCAGGACAGAUUUUGCCAGCUUUUAUCCUUUUAUUUAAUGGACUGAAAAGAGCGUACGCUUGCCAUGCAGAGCAUGAGAAUGACAGUGAUGAUGACGAUGAAGCCGACGAUGAAGACGAAACCGAGGAGCUGGGAAGUGAUGAAGAUGACAUUGACGAAGAUGGGCAAGAAUACCUUGAGAUUUUGGCCAAACAGGCAGGAGAAGAUGGAGACGAUGAAGAUUGGGAGGAGGAUGAUGCUGAAGAAACUGCCCUAGAAGGCUAUUCCACAAUUAUUGACGAUGAAGAUAAUCCUGUUGAUGAGUAUCAGAUAUUUAAAGCUAUUUUUCAGACUAUUCAGAGUCGUAAUCCUGUGUGGUACCAAGCUCUGACUCACGGUCUUAAUGAAGAACAAAGAAAGCAGUUACAAGAUAUAGCAACUCUAGCAGAUCAGAGAAGAGCAGCCCAAGAAUCAAAAAUGAUAGAGAAGCAUGGAGGCUACAAAUUCAACGCUCCGGUCGUGCCAAGUUCAUUUAAUUUUGGAGGCCCUGCCCCAGGAAUGAAUUGAAUGAUCACUUCCUUACCUGCUACUGUGUGAUUGUAGUGAAGAGCUUGUGUUCCUCCCAGUAGUGGUUCCAGAACUGGUUCAUGUUAUCUACAGCUCACGCUAAACUAAUUGAUCAAUUGAUUGGACGACAAACCCAGGAAGCGGGACCUGAUCACAUGCAACCUGGCACUGGAAAACAACAGAAGGGUUUUUUUCUUUUUUUUGUUUCUGUUCGUUUUGUGUUUUGUUUUUGGAAGAAAGUAAGAACCUAACUUGGAAGCUUCAAAUGACACACUGUGGAAACCUGCAAUCUAGAGGGGAUGUCAUGAAGGCAGCUUUUCUUUUUCUGAGGAAAAAUAGGCAUGGGCUGCAGGACUAUUUAAAAUGUCUCAUUUACAGUACAAGCUCAAAAGUGGCUAUGUGAUUUUUACACCUGUGGCGGUAUUACUAUUUGCCCGAAUCCCUCCUCCCUCCUCUCCAUUGGGUGUCUACUCUUUUAAUGUAAAUAAGAUAAGGUAAUCCGAUAGCCUUACUUAAGCAUCAUCAUUUCCAUUUAUCAAAGAUUGUUGAUAUGUAGAAUAUUGGACACUUAUUGUAGCACUACAUAACUGAUAAAAUCUGUAAAUGAAUUAGCACUUUCAUAUUGAAACAAGCCUGCUAGCCUAUGUACAAAAUAGCAAAAUGUUUGCUGUUUAUAAAAAGAAGGGAUGUAAUGGGAUUUGGGGGUGGGGGGGGGGCGGUGAACUUCAAGUUAUUUAAAAAUAAACUAGCAGUUUUGUACCUGGUGACUUUGUGGUGCAGUCACCUGAUAGCGACUUGAAUUCGGUUAUGUAAAAAGGGGUUAGUGAUAUUCAUUGCUGCUGCUAAAAAAAAAAAAAAUGGCAACACCCUCUUUGUGUCCUUUGGUUUUUCUCAAAGCUGUCUCUGUUCAAGGAAAAUUUGGAUACAAUCUUAGUGGUAAAUAAAUGGGAAGUUAUCUUCUGAAG